UGCGUUUCAGAGUCAAAACCGACCGCCACCUUCCAGCUGGUCUGUUGAAAGAAUCAACGGAAGUCUUUGCGAUAGAAUUGUUUUGGAAGAAUCCGAUUUAUUUUGAUCAAAUUGUAUCUAAUUUUGUAGCUAUUUUGUACAAUGAACGUGAAUUGUGUGACUUUGUUAUGGUUUGUUUUGUUUACUUUUUGCCCUUUCUCCAUCCCUGACUCCAUACCUAUAGGUAUGUUCAAGGCAGAGUGUCAUGAUCGUCAUUUCUGGCUGUCUGUCAGUGCAAAUUUCCUGGGCCAGAAAUUUAGGUUUGAUGUUCAAGGAGGUUCUGAGGUCCAUGAAAUUUCUGAUCAGUGGGCAGCAGAGUGUGGCUAUACCUUUACUUUUGACUCCUGGGGUGACCUCCAACUGCGUGCUUCCUAUCUGGCUUGUUUGGUGGAAAACCAGAAGGAGUCUGAAUUUCGGCUGCUGGUGUGGUUUGUAAAUAACGACUCGAAUGGGGAGGAGAAAUCUUAUCCAUUACUGCUCACCUGUCCUCUUCAGAUCCCGUGGGGCCCUCGGGAGCUCAUCUGUGAGGAAAACUACAUGGAGGUGUCUGUGCUUAAAUGGGUGCCUCCUGAUGAUCACAUGGGCAUGGCGUGGGUAACUCCAGCCUCUGUGGGGCUGGAUGAGGGUUUGACGGAGUGGAGGGUUGUUUUCCGUAUUCCAGCACUCCAUCAAGAGGGUGGCAUGAAGGAGGAGACUGUGCCUGUCAGAAUGGCACACCUGUUGGGAUACCACAUUAACACCACUGACACUCGCAUCCUGAUGCGUUGUCCCUACGGAUCCAAACUGGCAUACACUCUGCAGCAGGAUAAGACUGAGGUAGAAGUGGUCAGCCCCACGAUCCUAUACAAGGUCAAAUGGACCCUGUUGACUGUGGACAUGUCUGUGGCUUGCACAAAGAAUCAGGCCCAAAUGGACGGUUCAUACGUCUUGUGGUCCCUCCCACGUGACCUUCUCCCUCUGGUCCAUCCUCCCUUCAUAGAAAAGGGCCUUAAGGUAGGGGUAAGGGGACGCUACCUGUCUGAAUGUGUAGCACACCAACGUGGUUACAUGAUUCACGACAACAACGGAACUUUGGAAGUCCGUAUUCCUUUUGGAGCUGAAGGAGGAUUCAUUAAGAGUCAUGUGACCGAUGGACGCUACUCUCAGUCGUACUUUGUGGACUUGUUUCUGCUACGUGAAUGGGAGGAUGCAGCCUGGAGUCUGACUCGACAACUAACUUUUAGAGCUCUUUCUAUACGUCACCUGCCACGGCCAAUCACAUUCAUUAACCGGACUGUAACUUCACAGGGGGAAUUUUCAGUAUCCCUAUGCUGUUUUGCUCCUGAUGUUUCUCUGGUAAAUGUAAGCGUAGCUGAUCAGUUGUUGGUGUGGGAUGAAAUGGAAAGGAGUGGCGUUCGUCUAUCUCGGAACCCACUGCAAAACAACUCGUACACGUACCUGCUUCGGAUCCCCUUUGAACAUCCUCUCAUCUCGCAGAAGUAUCUGGGCGACCGGUUUAGGAGAUACACUUUCUCCGGGGUCUUCUCAUUUAUCCUGUUUCCUGAUGAAGACAUUUACAACCAUCCUGCUAGUGUUGAGGCUGAACUGCAGGAUGUAGUUCUGCCCAAGCUGGAAGGGGAGUGUACGAAGCGCGGGGUACAUGUUCUAGCUUACUACGGUAAUAUAGACUCGUCUGAGUGGAGUAUGUAUGUAGGAGAAAUGAGGCUUGACUGGGAGCUGGUGGAGCUGGGAGGAUUCUCUCUGGAUGCACACGAGCGCUACCUCAGCUUGGAGGUGCCACUAUAUGCCCCUGGGAUGGCCUAUGAGGGCUUGGGUCUGCAAGGUCUGUUAGUGAGCGUGACAGUGAGUUUGGUUCACUUUGAAGUGGCUGAAGAGCAAACUCAUCAGCAACGCUGUGUUUUCCCUGUGAGCGAAUUAUUGGUAUGUCUGCCUAAUGGAAGAAUGGUGGUUAUGGUGGACACAGCUGGUGUUUCUCCUCCAGUGAAUCCCAACCACACAGCCCUGUUGGACCCUGCCUGUAGACCACUGGUAACCGAUCAUUCUAGAGCCAUAUUCAGCUUUUCUAUAAACUCUUGUGGCACUCUUGCAAAGAAUGACGGUGAUCAGAUAAUUUAUAGGAACGAGGUGAGAAACAUGCCUCCUUUUCCUCCACACCUGAGACCACUCAGCCAACCUCAACCACAUUACAGAGUUCCACUUGCCUGUGUUCACCCAGAAAAUGGAGAUCGUACUCUCACAAUCUACCUACCUUCCCACCCUCCCACAUCUCUACCUCUAACGCACACACGCAAAACAGCUUCAUACAUAAAGCAUCAUGAAGACAAAGAUGAAAGGCGGCACCGUCUGCCAGUUGGAGGAUGACCCCCUUAAAGUAAUGAAAACCUGGCCGCACUACUGGUAAGGAGCUGAAGGUGGACCCUGACAGCACAAUGGAAGUGGCUUUUCCUGCUAGUCACUUCAUGCUUUGAUGACAAACAGAUGGGUUCAAUAAAAGUUUUCAUGCACAAUAAAUGCUUUCUUUUGAACACUUACAUCUUCACAUUAAGGUUUUCAGAGGUACUUUCAGAGGUUACUAAUUAAGCUUAGUUACACAAAAUUCCUGUUUUGAUUUCAUGUGGUAUGUCUUAGUCUUGGGGUCAUUGUUACUUCAUGGACAAAAGUAUGUGUACCCCUCUUUUACAUUUACAUUUAUGCAUUUGGCAGACGCUUUUAUACAAAGCGACUUACAUUGCAUUAUGCUACACAUUUGUUUCUAAGUAUGUGCAAUCCCUGGGAUCAAACCCACGACCUUGGCGUUGUUAGCACUAUGCUCCACUGAGCUACAGGAAAGCACUUAUACUUUUUAAAAUGACUUAAACUAACCAGU